AACUUUCCCAAACCCUGCCCUUCCCACUCCUGCAGCACAUUUCACCAUCUGAUGCUGCAGUGGUAAAUGACAAAGACGGCAGUCAGAAUACCCGAGGACCAGAAAUACCAGAUCACCUCCAGUAAAAAAAAAAGAGAAAAAAAAAGGAUUAGCACCCUUUGGGGGAGGAGCAAGAUGGUAAACAGAGUCACACCUUGUUUGUAGUGUGACGCGUCACUCUGUCGAGGAGUAUUUAAACGCUGCAAGGCUGUGAGAGGGAUCAGGAUUAUCAUCAUGACAACCCUUACAGUGAGGAACAUGGCCAACGUGCCGUCCGAAGUACUCAGGUGCUGCAUCUGUCUCGACACCUACAACAACCCUGUCUCCAUCCAGUGUGGACACAACUUCUGCCUGCACUGCAUUGAAGGAUAUUGGGAUACUAGGAACAAGUCGGAGUGUCCUCUGUGCAAAGAGACAUUCAGAGUACGUCCGGAACUCCGGAUCAACCGAGGAUUUGCUGAGAUCGUUGAUAUAUUAAAAAGGUUUGCGACGCUGCCAAACCAUGAGGAGGAAGACACAAACAAUACCCGAAACCAGCGCUACAAUGCUGACGUUCCCUGUGACAUCUGCUACAAACACAAGUCAAAGUCAGUGAAGUCGUGCCUCAUGUGCCAGAUGUCUUACUGCCAAGAUCACCUCACACCACACCUGAGAGACGCGGCGCUGCAGCGGCACCGGCUCGCUGACCCUGACACCUUCCCCAGUAGCAACCUCUGCAGGCAGCACAACAAACCUCUGACCAAGUUCUGCAGGAAAGACCAGACGCCUCUGUGUGAGGAGUGCACUGCGACGGACCACAGACAGCAUAAUGUCGUCAUCAUGGAGAGAGCGACCAAGAAGGCCAAGACUGAUUUAAGGAAUACUAAAACUGAAAUCAAGCAGAUGAUCCACGCUAGAGAGCAUAAAAUGGAGCAAAUGAAGAAUUCAGUCUAUCUGAGCAAAAAAAUAAAAGAGGAAGAGAUACAGAGGAGUUCUCAGGUGUGCACGGCGCUGAUCACCAUCGUCGAGAGAAACCAGGCCGAGCUGGUCGAGGAGGUCACCGAGAGGCAGCAGGCGGUGGAGAAGAGAGCCGAGGUGCUGCUCGACCAGUUACAGCAGGAAAUCUGGGAUCUGAAGACGAAGGGCAACGAGCUGCAUCACCUGCAGCACACACAGAACCCUCUGCACCUCCUGCAGAGCUUCACAUCUUUAGGUAGACUCCCAUCUACAAGAGAGUGGUCGGAUGUUGAAGUGCACUCAGAUAACUGCGUGGGGAUGAUGAGCAGAGCCGUCUACAAACUUGGGGAUGUUUGCCAAGAGCUUGCGAACAGACUCGCCUCAGAAGACUCAGAAAAGAUGCAUCAAUAUGCAGUCGACAUCACUCUGGAUCCUGAGACGGCUUCAGGCUGGCUGGUUGUCUCUCCAGACAGAAAGCAGGUGAGUUGCCAAAUAAAGAGGCAACCUGUCACAGAUCGCCCACAGAGAUUCGACUCCUGCGUCUGCAUUCUGGGGGAACAAGCCUUCACAUCUGGGAGAUGCUACUGGGAAGUUGAGGUUGGAGAUAAAACCGACUGGGACCUAGGCUUGGCGAGGGAGUCCAUCAAGAGGAAAGGGGCUCUAGUCGUGAAUCCUGACAGCGGUUACUGGGCGAUCUGUCGCCGGGGAGGCAGCACUUUGAGCGCCUGCACAGGACCUACCGUCAACAUCAACAUCCAGGACACACCCAGGAAAGUGGGCGUGUUCCUGGACUACGAAGCUGGCUUGGUGUCCUUCUACGACGCUGAAGCAAAGACUCACAUUUACACCUACAGCGGAUGUGCCUUCACUGAGGCUCUCCAUCCUUACUUUAACCCCUGUCUGCAAGAAAACGGGAAGAACAUCGCCUCGCUGAUCAUCAGUCCUAUUGAGGAACAAGUCAGGGAGCUGAAACACAUCACCCUUGAGUCAGAAGUUUGAUGAGUUAUAUGAAGCGAGAGAUUUUGAACCUGUAUAGGUUUUAACACAUUUAUUUUACUAUAAUAGUAUGAACCAUCACUGACCUGCAACAGGCUGGAAAUCAUGUUUCUGUUUUUAUUAUACAACAACACUCAAACACAUUAAUAUUUUUUUACUCUUACCAUUUUUUAUAUUUUGUUAAUGAAGGAUUUUUUUUUACCAAAUGUUUCUAUGAAGGAAAACCAAGUGCUGCUUAUGUUGUUGAAGAAAGAGUGACAUAUGA